AAUGACAAUCGAAUAAUUCUUUUUUGUACCCAAAAAAAAGAAAAUUCCUUUUUCACCCAAAUCCAUUUCUGGCCAAAAUGAGCUCCGAUUCAAUAAUAGUUGUAUUUCAGAAACAAAUCAGAACCCCUAAUUAAGUUAAAGAUCAGUUUUGAUUCUUCAGCUUUUGAAAUUCAGGGCGGGGAUAGUUUGAAUUACCUUAUUUUAAUCAUAGAAUCCAUUCUCUAUUUGGGGGCAUUAAAGUUUCAAUUUCUGGACUUCGGGCUCACCUUCUGUUAGGGACUCUGAUUGAGAGCUGUUACAAUGUAUCGGACAGUGGCUACAGCCACAACCAUGGGGGGAGUCCCAACUGACAAUGUGGACUUUGUUGUGACCUUGGAUCAAGUCCCGCGGUGGAGUGAUGCAGAGAGUAGGUCUUCUUUGGAGUAUGAGAAUGGAGAUCCUUCAUUUUCAAAUUCAUUUUUCCCCGACCCUUUAAAGUCUCCUGAAGAGGAGAGUAGUAGAAAUGGGAUGGUAUCGAGGUUUCCCGUUGAUCAUGAAAUAAACUCAAAGAUAUACUUGUGGAGGGGUCAACCGUGGAACCUUGAGGUUGAUGCUGUUGUUAAUUCUACAAAUGAGAACUUGGAAGAAGCACACAGUAGUCCAGGUUUGCAUGCAGCAGCUGGACCUGGUCUUGCAGAAGAAUGUGCAACACUGGGUGGAUGCAGAACUGGAAUGGCCAAAGUUACUAAUGCAUAUGAUCUUCCUGCUAGGAGAGUUAUCCAUACAGUUGGUCCCAAGUAUGCAGUGAAGUAUCAUACUGCUGCCGAGAAUGCUCUGAGUCACUGCUACCGCUCUUGCCUUGAACUUCUCAUUGAAAAUGGUCUUCGGAGUAUUGCUAUGGGAUGCAUAUAUACAGAAGCUAAAAACUAUCCCCGUGAACCAGCUGCUCAUGUUGCUAUAAGAACUGUUCGGCGACUACUGGAAAAGCAGAAAGAUGAAAUCACUGCUGUUGUUUUUUGUACUGGCACGUCAUCUGAUACUGAAAUCUAUAAGAGAUUGCUUCCACUAUACUUUCCUCGAGAUAAGCAUGAGGAGGAAGUGGCUAUAUCUAAGCUUCCUGCUGAUGUCGGGGAUGAGAAUGGUGAGACUAUCAUUGAUGAGCGUAAAAUCAGAAUAAAGCCAUUGCCCAAAAAGGCCAACCCAAAGCCUUCCGAAGCUCCAGAUGAACUGCCUGUUAGUGAUGUAGGUUUGGUACGAAGGAAUUCAAGUUACCUGGAUACAUAUUUGGAUCCUGCUUUCAUGUCCUUGAUCAAAGAUCCAGAUCAGAGACGGCAGGAACAGUGGGAAAAAACUUCUCAAGCACAAGGUGGUUGGAAUUGUGCUAAGUUGCUUGGAUUUGGUGAUCUUGGUGGGCCCCCAUUAUCUGCUGCUGAAGAAUACUCACUUCACUCUAGAUACAUUUCCAAGGCAAAUUCUCUUAAUCUUUCUGAAAUUGCAGAGAUGAAAAUUGUUUACCGUGGAGGGGUGGACAGUGAAGGUCGCCCUGUUAUGGUUGUUGUUGGAGCACAUUUCCUGCUGCGGUGUCUUGAGCUUGAACGCUUUGUUCUCUAUGUUGUAAAGGAAUUUGAACCCUUGAUACAGAAGCCUUAUACUAUUGUAUACUUGCACUCUGCAGCUUCUUUACAAAUCCAACCUGACUUAGGAUGGAUGAGAAGAUUACAACAAAUACUCGGUCGGAAACACCAACGUAAUCUGCAUGCAAUAUAUAUUCUUCAUCCUACCUUUCACUUGAAAGCCACAAUUUUUGCUCUGCAAAUGUUUGCGGACAAUGUGGUGUGGAAGAAAGUGGUAUAUGUCGACAGGCUUCUGCAGCUAUUCAGAUACGUUCCUCGUGAGCAAUUGACCAUCCCCGAUUUUGUGUUUCAGCACGAUUUAGAAGUGAAUGGUGGAAAGGGUCUUAUAGUGGAUCCCCGGACGAAGUAUGUAUAUCAACGACCGUAGACACGAAAUAUACGGUAUCACCAGUUGAUAUUCCUGGUUUGGUUUCAUUUCAACUCUAUUUGGUAGGCAGAUUGGGGGGGGGGGGGGAUUGGUGAUUGUUUAUGGUGUAGAAAUAGCUAUUUCUUGAUUUAUUAAACAAUGAUGUGCUUUUUUCUUUUUUUUUAUGUUAGGGAAAGUAAUAUUCUUGCAUCAUCUUAAGUAUUAAUUAAUAAUAUUUGGUGGGAGAUCUGAGCUUUAAUGUCUUUCAACUUUAAUUCACUCUUGUGAAAAUCAUUGAAUCAAAUCUCGUAAAUGAGGAUUAUGGUUGGUGA